AUGGACGAGUUCGACGUCAAAGAGGAACGUCUUUGGUCUCGACUGGUGCAGUGGGCAGAGAGGGCUGUUGAGGAGACGCUCCUCCUUGGGCCCUUCGCAGAUGCCAUCGACGCUCCAGCCGCGAAGCGGCCCCGUGGCGAGGAAGGACCGAAGAGCGAGCGCAGCCGGCAGCAGCAGAUGGCGGUGCUUCAGUGUUUGACGAAGCAUAUCCGCUUUGCGAGCAUGACCAAAGAGUUCUUCGCAGACCGCGCGAGGCCUUACCUGAAGCGCGAGGAUUGCGAGGCAGUCAUGAUGUACUUCCUCCUCGGCCGGGUCCCGCCCCAGCAGCUGACAUCCCGGAGAUCGGGUCUGAGCCCGGUGGAGCAGAUCUAUCCCAUCGAGGUGACUUCCGUGGGAAUGCCAGAGGGCACGGAGCAUUUGGCCGUGGGGCGUGGCUCCUGGAAGCUCCCAUAUACCCAGCCGGCGGCCAACCGAACGCUGUCCGUGCAGCUCUUGCAGCCGAUAAACGUGACGAAGGUCACACUUUCUUUUGGAGAGGGAGCCAUGUGGUCGUGGAAGAUCAAGUUUGCGAAUUCAGAAAUCGCCAAUGCAAUCCAUGGCUCUGGCCGCAUCCGCACCAUGAGCGUGAACUUCACCCAGUGCACGCAGCUGACUAUUCUUCCGAUUUCUGAGAGGGACCGGCUCACUUCAGUGAACCAUGGCCUCCCUCUGUCGGGGGAGCAUGCGGUGCUGGUCAAAGUCGAGGUGACCGGCAAGAAGUCUCGAGCGGAACAUGCCGCGGAGGUGGUCCAGCGGCUGUCCCAGGACCUCGUGGCGCCGGCACCAAACGAAGUGAGUGGAGAAUUCAAGGAGGGUGCGACCGCGUAG